UGGUAGUAGUAGCACUCAAAGUAGUAGUGCUUUUAAUGUUGUUGUUAAUGUUGUAGCAAAAGCAUUCCUACAAAAGAUAUAUUCACAGCUGAAUAUACAGUGUCUAUACCACAGGAGCACUGUCAGACUGGAAAUCUAUAAUGUAUAUUAUAAUGUAUACUAUAUAAUGUUAUAAAUUUAAAUUUUAACAUCUUAAAAAUAUUUGUCUCAAAUGUCGAAUGCCAAAUGUCGAAUGCCAAAUGUCUCAGAAUAAACUCUAUUCUCUAACAACUCUAUAACUAUUCUAAUUACAACAAACACAGCUCCAGGUACCACACUGACAACAAGCACAGACACUUAUAUGCCAUUGACAACAAGCACAGCUAUUAGUGAAGCUAUGACCACCACAGUGACAAAUCUAGAAGCUGCCACAGCCAUUACAACAGAUACAUCAAAUAUAAAUUCAGUAUCAAUUCCUCUAAGGAAACCACCUCUAAUCACAGCCAAUGCAGAUAUGUAUACUCAAACUACUCCUGCCAUGGUCACAAGCUACACAGACAUGUAUACUCCAACACCUGCUCUAAGGACAUUGGACACAGACACGUAUACCCCAACAACGCCUGCUCUUAUGACAACUGCCACAGACAUAUAUACUCCAAUGACACCUGCCCUACUGACAAGGAGCACAGAUACAUAUACCAAAACAACAGCUACUCUAUUGACACCCAACGCAGAUUUGCUUACCUUAACAACUGCUCUAAUGUCAAGUGGCAAAGACACACAUACCUCAGCUACACCUGCUCUAAUGGCAAGCAACACAGAUAGAUAUAUACCAACAUCACAUGCUCUAGUGACAACCAGCACAGACACAUAUACCCCAAUGACACCUGCUUUAAUAACAACCAACACAGAUAUGUAUUCCCCAACUGAACCUGCUUCAAUCACAACCAGUACAGAUACAAACACCCUAACAACACCUGGUCUAAUGACAACUGACACAGAUACCUAUACCCCAAUGACACCUGCUCGAAUGACCGACACAGACACAUAUACCAAAAUGACACCUGCUCUUAUGACAAGUGACACAGAUACAUAUACACUAAUGACACCUACUCUAAGGACAACCAACAUACAUACCACAAAGACACAUGCUCUAAUGACAAGUGACACAGAUAUAAAUACCCAUAUGACACCUGUCCCAAUGACAAGCAUCACAGAUAUGUAUACCCCAACAACGCCUGCUUUAAUGACAACCGCCACAGACAUAUAUACCCCAGUGACACCUGCUUUAAUGACAACAAACACAGAUAUGUAUUCCUUAACUGAACCUGCUUUAAUCACAAGUACAGAUACCCUAACAACACCUGCUCAAAUGACAACUGACACAUAUACAUAUACCCCAACAACACCUGCUCAAAUGACAACCGACAUAGGCACGUAUACCCAAAUGACACCUGCUCUAAUGAAAACCAGCACAGACACAUAUACCAAAAUGACACCUGCUCUAAUGACAAGCAACGCAGACAUAUCUACUACCACAAAGACACCAGCCCUAAUGACAAGCAGCACAGACAUAUCUACUACCACAAAGCAUACCCCCAUGCAUACCCCAAUGACACCUUCUCUAAUAACAACCAAUGCAGAUACAUAUACAACAGUGACACCUGCUGCAAUGACCAGCGACACAGACACAUAUAACCCAACAACAUCUGCUGUAAUGACCAGCGACACAGACACAUAUAUCCCAAUGACACCUGCUCUAGUGACAACCAGCACAGACACAUAUACCCCAAUGACACCUGCUUUAAUGACAACAAACACAGAUAUGUAUUCCCCAACUGAACCUGAUUUAAUCACAACCAGUACAGAUACAUAUACCCUAACAACACCUGCUCAAAUGACAACUGACACAUUUACAUAUACCCCAACGACAACUGCUCAAAUGACAACCGACACAAGCACAUAUACCCAAAUGACACCUGGUCUAAUGACAACCAGCACAGACACAUAUUACUCAAUGACACCUGCUCUAAUGACAACCAGCACAGACACAUAUACCACAAUGACACCUGUUUUAAUGACAACAAACACAGAUAUAUAUUCCGCAACUGACCCUGCUUUAAUCACAACAAGUACAGAUACAUAUACCCUAACAACACCUGCUCUAAUGACAACUGACACAGAUACCUAUACCCCAACAACACCUGAUCUAAUGACAACUGACACGGACAUGUAUACCCCAAUGACACCUGCUCUAAUGACAACCAGCACAGACACAUAUACCAAAAUGACACCUGCUCUGAUGACACGUGACACAGAUACAUAUACCUCAGUGACACCUGCUUUAGUGACAAAAAGCACAGAUAUGUAUUCCGCAACUGAACCUGCUUUAAUCACAACCAAUACAGAUACAUACACCCUAACAACACCUGCUCUAAUGACAACUGACACAGAUACUUAUACCCCGACAACACCUGCUCGUAUGACAACCGACACAGACAUGUAUACCCCAAUGACACCUGCUUUAAUGACAACCAGCACAGACACAUAUACCAAAAUGACACCUGCUCUAAUGACAAGCAACGCAGACAUAUCUACUACCACAAAGACACCAGCCCUAAUGACAAACAGCACAGACAUAUCUACUACCACAAAGACACCAGCCCUAAUGACAAGCAGCACAGACAUGCAUACCCCAAUGACACCUUCUCUAAUAACAACCAAUGCAGAUACAUAUACCACAGUAACACCUGCUGUAAUAACCAGCGACACAGACACAUAUAACCCAACAUCAUCUGCUGUAAUGACAACCAGCACAGAUACAUAUAUCCCAAUGACACCUGCUCUAGUGACAACCAGCACAGACACAUAUACCCCAAUGACACCUGCUUUAAUGACAAAAAACACAGAUAUGUAUUCCCCAACUGAACCUGCUUUAAUCACAACCAGUACAGAUACAUAUACCCUAACAACACCUGCUCAAAUGACAACUGACACAUUUACAUAUACCCCAACGACAACUGCUCAAAUGACAACCGACACAAGCACGUAUACCCAAAUGACACCUGGUCUAAUGACAACCAGCACAGACACAUAUUCCUCAAUGACACCUGCUCUAAUGACAACCAGCACAGACACAUAUACCACAAUGACACCUGUUUUAAUGACAACAAACACAGAUAUGUAUUCCGCAACUGACCCUGCUUUAAUCACAACAAGUACAGAUACAGAUACCCUAACAACACCUGCUCUAAUGACAACUGACACAGAUACCUAUACCCCAACAACACCUGCUCGAAUGACAACUGACACGGACAUGUAUACCCCUAUGACACCUGCUCUAAUGACAACCAGCACAGACACAUAUACCAAAAUGACACCUGCUCUGAUGACAAGUGACACAGACAUAUCUACUACCACAAAGACACCAGCCCUAAUGACAAGCAGCACAGACAUAUCUACUACCACAAAGACACCAGCCCUAAUGACAAGCAGCACAGACAUGCAUACCCCAAUGACACCUUCUCUAAUAACAACCAAUGCAGAUACAUAUACCACAGUGACACCUGCUGUAAUGACCAGCGACACAGACACAUAUAACCCAACAACAUCUGCUGUAAUGACAACCAGCACAGAUACAUAUAUCCCAAUGACACCUGCUGUAGUGACAACCAGCACAGACAACCACCACAAUUACACCCACAACAAGCCACUCAUCUAUACCCACAGAUAA